CCAAGCGUCCGUCUAGUAGCGCUCUCUGCAACUCAGCAUCGUGUCGUGCGUCUUCUAUGUUUUUAUAAUAAUUACAAUAAUAAAUUAUUGGAAUAUAUAAUAAGUCUUUAUAAAAAUAUAUUUAUUUAAAUAAUAGUUUCAUUACUGUGGUAAGUGAAUAUAAAGUGAAUUAUUCGCUUGCUAAAUACAUGACUAGUUUAUUUUUUAAGAAAAUUGUUGGUAAUAAAAAAUGACGGAAAUUCGAUUUAUAAAAAAUCGAGUAUAGUGUAAGAGAAAGAAAAUAAGCUGUGAGUGGACGCCAAGUGAGUGAGAUAGAUAGACAUGUGUCGGUGGAUGAAUUACUACCAUUUGCUUAAUAGCUAAUAGACUAAAAAUUAAUUUAAUGCCUAUGUGAUCUCUCCACAAUGGCUGUGUCUUUAUAUAAAGUUUCGUAUCUUACCCUUAUUGGAUUACUAGGUUUAUCGUGUGUUGUUGGCCAUGAUAUUAAAGGUUCAACGCAGUGUGAAUAUUAUAAUGAUACAUUAUGUGAAGAUCCAUCUAAAAAAUGUCCAGAAAUAGAAAAAUGUUCGCCACCUGAACCAGACAAAAGAAAUCACUGUUAUGUGCUAUGGCAAAUUGAUGAAGUUACUAAAAAGUCUAUUGUUAAACUAAAGGGUUGUUUCUUAGACAGUAGAGAAUGUUAUGAUAAACAAUGUUGCGUAGAAAAAAGUAGUGACCGUAAAGGAAAAAUGUACUUUUGUUGUUGUGAUGGCGAUAUGUGUAAUCAAAAUUACACAUGGGAUCCUCAGCCAACUGAACCACCUUCUAAAGAUCAUGAAUUUAAACCAGUACCAAAUCCAGAACAACAUGUAAUUACACUUAUUGUAUCUGUAUUGGUGCCAAUGUUACUAUUGACAAUUAUUUUGUCAUCAUUGUUUUGGUGUUACAAACAACGAAAACUUGGCUAUUUUAAUGAGGUUCCAACAUUAGAACCUCUUCCAUUACCUCAUCCGUCACCAAAUUUGGGUUUGCGGCCAAUUCAUUUAGUAGAAAUAAAAGCCCGUGGACGUUUUGGUGCUGUAUGGAAAGCCCAGUAUAAAAAUGAUAUUGUUGCUGUUAAAGUAUUUCCAAUGCAGGAUAAACAGUCAUGGCAAACAGAACAAGAAAUAUUUAAAUUGGCUCACAUGAAUCAUGAAGAUAUAUUACGAUUUAUUGGAGUGGAAAAACGUGGUGACAAUUUACAAGCUGAAUUCUGGUUGAUAACAGCUUAUCAUGAAAAAGGAUCAUUGUGUGAUUAUUUAAAAGCAAAUGUCGUAACAUGGGCUGAAAUGUGUCGUAUUGCUGAGUCAAUGGCACGUGGUUUAAUGCAUUUGCAUGAAGAAAUUCCAGCAAAUAAAGCCGAUGGUUAUAAACCCGCAGUAGCACACCGUGAUUUUAAAUCUAAAAAUGUUCUUCUUAAAUCCGACAUGAGCGCAUGCAUUGCGGACUUUGGACUUGCGUUGAUAUUUCAACCUGGAAAACCUUGUGGCGACACUCAUGGACAAGUUGGUACUCGACGAUAUAUGGCGCCAGAAGUAUUAGAGGGUGCGAUAAAUUUUACACGAGACUCAUUUUUACGUAUUGAUAUGUACGCUUGUGGUCUAGUACUCUGGGAGCUGGCGUCACGAUGUACUGUACAAGAUGGACCUAUCGGGGAUUAUAGAUUACCUUUUGAAGAAGAAGUUGGUCUUCAUCCGACUCUUGAAGAUAUGCAAGAAAGUGUUGUGCUUAAAAAAGAACGUCCAUUUAUACAGGAAACAUGGCGAAAACAUCCAGGUCUUUUAUCUAUAUGUGAUACAAUGGAAGAAUGUUGGGAUCAUGAUGCUGAGGCACGAUUAUCAGCGUCCUGUGUUAUGGAGAGAAUAACUAUUUUGAGUAGAAGUCUUGUUAUAAAUUCGUCGACUUUAAUACGCGUCGAUAAUACCAAUGAUUCUAUCAUCACCAAGGAAUCUAGUAUGUAGUUAGUUUGAAUGUAAUAUUUAUACUUGAAUCGCACAUCUCCGUUUCCUGUAUCAUAUUUUUUUAUUAUAUAUAAUAAUUGAUAAAGAACGCUGAUAAUUAAUAUUUUAUUUUCCACACACUACUUUUUAUAAAUUCAUUAUCUUAAUAAUUAUAUUUAGAGUAAUUCGAUAUUAGUAAAAUUUAUUGGAAUAAAAAAAAAUGUUUAAUUAAAUAUAUUUAAUUAAUUAGUAUAUUACGUGUGAUUGUGAGUGUAAAAUGUAGGACUGAUAUACUUGAUAAUUAAAAUUAUUUGUAAUAUAAAAGUAGAAAAAAAAUAUAUAUAUACAAAUCAAUAAACUGUAAAUAAACUAGACAUAAAAUCUAAUUCACAUUCAUUAUUAUUAUUAUUAUUAUUAUUAUUAUUAUUAUUAUUAUUAUUAAUAAAUAAAUAUCAGUGUUCUUUGUCAUUGGAUGAUUGAAUAUUUUAAAAUUGUUUUAAGUAUUGGGCCGAAUAAACCCGAUUGUCGUGAUGAAUAUAUAUAUAUAUAUAAAACUAGAGAUAAAUAAAUUAUUAACGAAUAAUAAAAACUAAAAUGUAUUGAUGAUGUAAACGUUAUAACAACCCUAAUACGAUGUACCUGGUAGACACAAUCGUGUUAACCGAUUGAUAGCCACAAGGAAUUCAAUAGUUCAAAAUGCUAUUAACAAAUAUUUAAAAUUAUUUAUUAUUCAGCUUAACAUGUAUCUCAUAAAAUAGCUUCAUUUAUUAACAAAAUUCAGCUUGUGGGAAUAUUGGUCAUAUGUACAAUAGAAAAAAAAAUAAUAUUAUUUUUUAUCUCUC